UUAGCCACGCGAUCUCUUUCGUCGAAACAUUUAAAUAAUAUUAUUCACUUGGUUUAUAUCAUUAUUUAUAUUACGGUAGAUUUUAAUGAAUUUUGCAAAUUUUAUUGUCAGCAUAAUUACAACUUUUUUUUUGUUUGAAGGAGUUGAUGAUGAUAAUGAUGAUUGUAAUGAUUAUGUUUACAAGUGGUUUUAGUGAACACCAUGUGAAUUGGUGGAUUUAAAUGACUGGUAAUUUGAUUUAAAGACACUUUAAAAGUUACAAAACUCACUGGUGCUCGAAAGGAUAAUCUUUGUUCUCUCGUGGAGGGCGUUACAUAUCCGACAUUUCGCGAAUGUGUAAUUAUUUUCAAGCUGCAUGAUACACGUAUGUAUAUCUUGUACGAAAAUUGCAUAAUCACACGAGUCACGCGGCUUGAGAAUAAUCAAGAGACUGUUGUAAAAGAUUUUUUAGUGGUUUUUCAAGUGGAAAUAAAUUUAAUGUAACAGAGGGAGAAGCUGCUCAACGUACAGAGGAAACAGAGUCGACAAUUUUCAUGGAAAUGACGCAACGAGACAUGCAUCGUAAUGGGCUGAUCAUCGUUGGACGCAAUCCACGAUCUCACAAGGAUCGAACUGGAAAAAAUAAAUUAAAAAACUCCAAUGUUAUGUGAAGACUUUUUGCUACUUUUUUUUAUUAUGGCUUACGUUUUGUGGAGAGUAUUCACCAAGAAAUACACCAAGGUGCGGCUUGGUAUCGCGAGUUUAGCUGUAAUCCCAGCUGAACGACGUGUUGCACCAGGCAAAGAACUUGAAACAUGGACUUUGGCUCCUGACUGUCCAAGUGAUGAUAUUCCAAAGCCUAAAGAGUCAGAAAGUAUCAUUAAAGAUGACCAAGUCCCGACUGAAGACUCCUUGGAACCCGUCAAGAUUAAUCGUGAACAUGAGAGCCGCAAAAGUCGAGCUAAAAAAGUGAAAAACUAUCUACGCAAAUGCAAAGGUGCUUUGUCGUCUACUAAAGAUGAUUCCAAUACUUCGCAUCAAGCAAAUAAUCACAGUGGUAGAAGUAGUAGUAGACGGUCUGCUUCAUCAUCCUGGUACUUGGAAGACUCUUCAUUGUCCAACUCCACUGAGAAUCGCUCCAAAGAAUCUAAAGAAAGUUCUCAUAAUAUUCUACCAGCACGAACUACUUCUUUGACGCGUUCUUAUGAAUCUCAUACCACUACACCCCCUUCACCACGAAGAUUUGGCUCAGAGAGUCUUCUUGAUUCUACUGAUAGGUUUGAAGAUGCUGUUGACUUUGAUUUAAAUAAAAAUGAGCACAGUUUGAAUGUUGAAGAUAACAGUAAUAAUGAUCAAGUUGAAACUGAUGCUGAUGAGAGUCAAUUACUCGCUGGAUGUUCUUUAUUAUUUGGGGGCCGUGGAGAUGUUGCAUCACUCGUCCGGUGCCUUCUUGGUCCUAUCUACGGUGAAAAUGUACUCGAUCCACUGACCAGACAAGCUCGAGACAUUCUCGUGUGUGCUUAUCACGGAAAUCUUGAGAGCUUCGUUGAAUCCUACCUCGUGCCUGCGUCUCAACUACUUGCUAAAGUCAAAAGUAUCGUGUCUGACACGAAUGACAAAUCUUUGGUACCUGAUGGCUGGCCGUUGACUCUGGCUGGCACUGGGUUGGUACUUCAACUUGGUGAGCUCGGGGCUUCCGCUUUGAGACACGGGGAAUGUUAUCUCUGCGUGCGAAGCAGCCGGCAAAGCGGUGGGGACACAAGCAGUGUCGUCAGCAACGAGGCGACUACCAAGAAUAACGAGGGACAGCUGGAAAGGAUCAUCGAUAUCGUUGAGAUUGCUCUCAUUUGGAGAUCGUCAAUGCGUUCACCAGGAAUUCUUGCUUGGGAGCGUGAAGACGAUUUUAUGGAUUGGAGAGAAACUUCAGCAUUGAAGGACCAUCAGCAAUCAACAAAUCUGUCACCUACAUCUACUCGUCGAAGACGAAUUAAAUCCAAGGAAGAUCAUCAAAGUUCAAGAAACCAAGACAUUUCUCCGUCCUCAUCUUCAAAUAGUCAGCACCAUUCUAAUGUACCUUCACCUCUUCGAGUCUCUUCGGAGAACUCUAAUACUUCUGGAGUCGAUGACAAUUUACCCAAGUUACCUGCGAUGAGGUUGGAUCAGCGACAAAGUGGUCGACAAAAAGAAGAAACUAAAAUCCAGAUCGAGGACUUAAAGAGACCAAGUUGUCUUGAAUCUGUUAUUAAUAACCGACAUCAAAAAGAUUGUCCAGAAAAUUUAAGUGAACAAAUUAAUUAUGAUGAACUCACAAGCCUUAUUGGAACACUUUUGGUUACGGUCGAGCGUAAAAUUGAACGUGUAAACCUGGAUGACUUGGUAUUUCCAUGCCCUGCAUGUCGAAACAUUGACACUGAUGAUCCCCUUCUUGGUUGUAAGUGUUCUGGAGCUGAAGAGUGCAGUAAUGAACAUGGCAGUGACACGUGCGAUUGUGGUAUUGUAACAGAAAAUUGCAGAAGCUUUGAAGUAGCAGGAAUUAAACAUAUUGACAGUGAUGAUGAAGAAGAAGUACGAAUGGGCUUUGGAUCCAAGAGAAAAAUCGAGGAGGAAGUACCAUCACCACGAAGCAUCCACGACCUUCCUGAACGUGUUCUCCACUGUGGUCUUCGUCUACAAGGAUACGCUGACGAUCUUUCAGGGAGACUUGUUCUAGAGUUUGAUAAUACCUCUGUUCAAGAAACGAAGAUUUGUCCGAGGGAAAUUGCGUCGUAUCUUCUUUAUCUCUCUAGACUUCACAGCUCCGAUCGCACGAAGAACGGAUGGACGCUAGUGAUUCGAAGAGGAACCUCUGAUGACUUUGAUACCCUAGACCGUGCUCUAGUGUUAGUUCAAGGAAGAGUAAAUGUUCGGCAGGCUUUUUUGCUGCGAAAUUCAGAUAGUCCAGAGCCAUCAACGAACUCCCAAUUUCCCCGCAGUCGUGUCAAGAUAACGAGCAUUGAUGACGCAACCUUAAGCCGGCGCAUCCCUCGAUUGAAAGACGGAGAUUAUAAUCAUGAAGAAUGGAUUGCCUUUUAUAAGGAAUAUGACAGCUUGAUGACCGAGUGGCAGAAUUAUGGAAGACAACUCGUAAUGGAGAUGUCAGAGCUAAAAGAUUCUACGAAUAUUGGUAGUUCUCUAACACCUCUAAGUCGUUUGUUAACUGAACCAGAGUCAAGAAGAACAUUGAGAGAAGCAUCAGAAUGUCUAGCUUCCUUGGAGGAACGUGCAGAAACUCUAUCACACCUGGAUUAUGUUUCAAGUGCAGUUCAACGUGCCAGGAGGCUCAUGGAGGAAGUUGGAAAUGCAGCAACGCGAUUAGAAAAUAGUUUUGAGUCUCGUCGAGCAACGAUAAGGAACUUUGCUGUGCUGCGGACCAUCGAGGAGCAAGCCAGAGAGGUACUCUCGUGGCUCUGCAAGAAGGGAGAGGACAUUCUCAAUAAGCACGCAAGACACGCAGCCACAACCCUCACCACUGCACGACUUCAUGAACGAGACUUUGAAAAAUUCUAUUUUUCAUCCAUGCGCCAUCUGGACAAGGGAAGUGAUCUGGCAGAAGCAGCAGGGACCAGUGGUCUCAACGACUUGGCCCUUUCGCUUCGUGAACAUCUUCGAGAUUUUGGUUUACGGUUAGAAGAUCGAAGAGAGUACCUGGAAGAUACUUCAAGAUGUUGUUUGCUUCAAGACCAAGCUCAAGAGUGGAUGAAAGAAGCAAGAGCUGCAGAUUGCAGCGAAGGUUCUCAAAGGUUCCAAUCAUCAAGACGUGUUCCCUUGCCAGCUGAACAUCUUGAAGAAAUGAUGAAUCUUGCGGAAAAACUAGGCAAUGAAGCUCUAAUUGAGCAGUGCAGAGUCAUUAGGAAUAAAUGUCUAGAGUUAGUAGAACUAACAAAAAGUAAUUCUGCUCCUCAAAGUCCUUCUGGUCUAAGAAGAUCAUUUGCUAGAUCAGAAUCAGCUGCAGAAUAUAAUUCUUGGGAUGAUGAUAGUAAUGCUGGAUCAUGUCCGAUUAAGAAUGGUACCAGUGCUACUGAAGAGUCUCAGUCUGCUACGGAUAAUAUUGUUGAGCUUGGAGAAACUCGACAGCAAGAUAAUCUUGAUUCUCCACCAAGAAGCCCUGCCACUAGAAGACUCGUUAAACCACCAGUUAAUUCUCACCUACAAAGGUCACCUAGUAUUGCUCCAGCUGGAAUGAAAGCAAAAAAGACUAUUCUGCUUAUUAUGAGAGAGAUGAUUCAAACUGAAAGAGAUUACGUGAAAUCAUUGGAGUACAUCAUCGAGAAUUAUAUUCCUGAACUCGUACGAGAAGAUAUUCCCCAAGCUUUAAGAGGUCAACGAAACGUAAUCUUUGGAAACGUCGAAAAAAUUUAUGAAUUCCAUAGUCAGCAUUUUCUACGUGAGUUGGAACAAUGUGAACAUAGCCCCAUGAUGGUUGGUCAGUGCUUUUUGCGACACGAGAACAAGUUUUAUCUCUACGCUUUAUACAAUAAAAAUAAACCAAAUUCAGAUUCACUGAUGGCAGAGUAUGGUUCAUCGUUUUUUAAAGCAAAACAACUAGAACUUGGAGAUAAAAUGGAUUUAGCAAGUUAUUUAUUGAAGCCUGUUCAGCGAAUGGGAAAAUACGCACUUCUACUUCAACAAUUGGUGAAAGCAGGUACUGAUUUAUCGGAGCAACUGGCGGGUAAAAAUGACAAAGAGUCGAAGGAGCAGGAUAUUAGCAAUGUUAAACCAAUUGUUGAGGGAGAAGCUGAAUUAAGAGCUGCUGAGCAGAUGGUUCGUUUUCAAUUACGACAUGGAAAUGACCUUCUGGCAAUGGAUUCAUUACGUGAUUGCGAUGUAAAUGUUAAAGAACAGGGACGACUUUUAAGGCAAAAUGAAUUUCUUGUAUGGCAAGGAAAAGGAAAAAAAUGUUUGAGACAAGUAUUCCUCUUUGAAGAUCUAAUUCUCUUCAGCAAAGCUCGAAGAUUUCCCGAUAGAAAGAACCUUGAUAUUUAUAUAUACAAGCACAGCAUAAAAACAACGGAUAUCGGUUUAACAGCAGUGAUUGCAGACUCUCCAACGAAAUUUGAGAUCUGGUUCAGAAAAAGGAAGCCUGGAGAUACAUAUACAUUGCAAUGUGCUAGUGAGGAAAUAAAAAAAGCUUGGACAGAAGAAUUGAGCAAUCUCCUUUGGAAGCAGGCGCUUCGUAACAGAGAAGUGCGCCUGGCAGAAAUGUCAAGUAUGGGAAUAGGAAAUAAACCUUGUCUCGACAUUAGACCUAGUGCAGAUCAAAUAAAUGACAGAUCUAUUAGCGUCGCUCAGCUUUCAAAAACUCCAAGAUUUAGGAAUUCAAUUGCAGUCUCAAUAUCAGAUGACUCCAAUCGCUGUAGUCGUAGACCUCAUAGCGUAAUUUCUGUGAGCUCAUCAUCAAGUAGUGGAGGAAGCAGUGGAGUCCCUCAAACCACUUUGCAUCUAGGUUUAGAUGCUAGUCCCCGGCUCCAUCACCGUAGUACUACACUUAAUAGCCAAUGUAGUGUUGAGAGCGGAAUAAUUGCUGACAUUUCAAUUGUUUCGGAUGAUGGUGUGGAUGGUGGAGACAGAAGUCAUUGGAAACAAACUCUAGAAAGCCCUACAUCAUCACAUCCGCCAAAUACAUCAACACCUCUCCAAUCUCCUACAAGUUCUCAUACAGCACCAGUGCCAGCUUCAACAUCUUCCACAGACGUUAAUUUAACGUCUCCCUAUGAUCAAGACAUGUCUAUAAACUUGUAAACUAAUCUUAAAAAUUGAAUGUAGAUGAAAGUACUUUUCAUUUUGUUAAUGUAGAGCUCUUUAAAAUUAGAUCUAACACUGGCCUGUAA